CCGAGGGGCGGGACAGGCCCCGUGGCGGAGCGGACGGCAUGGCGGAGGCUUCGGGUUGUGCUGGCCCCUCUAUCCGCUAUUUCUGCACGGCCGGCCGGGGCCUGGAGCCCUUCCUGCUUCGGGAGGUACGGGCCCGGCUGGGGGCCACGCAGGUGGAGUAUGUUUCAGGAAAAGUUUUCUUUACCACCAAUUCUGAGUUGAGUAAAUUGAAGAAGCUGAAGUCUGGAGAACGAUUAUUUUUGCUGCUGAAAAAACAUGCACCAAUUUCUCCUUCUAGAAAUAAAGGAAAAGUAUUUAAUGAAAUUCAAAAACUUGUAAUUGAGGACCCCAGAUGUUGGCUGGAUAUUAUUUCCAUUUGGAAACGUCUUCAUGGAAAUAAGGUCGAACAAGGAAACCUCUCUAAAGAAAAUCCAGAAUCCCUAAAAAGAAAAUCAGAAGAAGAGAUAAGUAUCAUAAGAAAAAAACAGAAGAGAGAACAAAUAUUAGAGACAGUUUCUGAUGAAUGCCAUGUGGAAGAGCAAAAGAAAAGUGUGAUACUAGAAACUAACAACAUGGACUUUUUGACUGAAAGAAAAACUUUUCUAGAAGAGACUUCUGAAAGUAGAAUAGAGAAAUCAGUUGAUAGCAAUAACCACAGCUUCAGUUUCAGAGUUUCUUGUCGCUGUAGUGGAGCAAUUGCAAAAGUAUUUACUUCACAGGAGGUGGGAAGAGUACUUGGAAUAACUCUUAUAAAACAGCUUGGGUGGAAAGCAGAUUUGAGAAACCCUGAUCUAGAGCUCUUUGUACAUCUAAAUGAUAUUUACUCGGUGGUGGGGAUUCCUGUCUUCAGACUUCCACUGGCGAACAGAGAGUAUAUCCAAACUGCAGGACUCCGAUCUACUGUUGCAUGGGCUAUGGCAUCUCUUGCUGAAAUCAGUACUGGUGCAUUUGUUUUAGAUCCUAUGUGUGGAUUAGGAACAAUACUCUUGGAAGCUGCAAAAGAAUGGCCUAAUGUACAUUACUUGGGUGCUGAUAUAAAUGAUUCACAGCUACAAGGUGCACAUGAAAACAUUAAGGCUGCAGGCUUGAUGGGUAAAAUUGAGUUACUUAAAGCAUCUGUCAUAGCAUUGCCAUUACCUUCAGAAAGUGUUGAUGUUGUGAUUUCGGACAUUCCAUUUGGGAAAAAGUUCAAGAUAACAAAAGACAUAAAGCUUCUACCAAAUAUUCUUCGAGAAAUGGAAAGAGUGCUUCAUGUUGGAGGGACAGUUGUAUUACUUGUGAGUCAAGAUCUCCACAAGCACAUGGGUGGCUGUAUUAGCAAUUGUGUUGAAAACGACACCUCUUUGAACGCCACCAGUGACAACAAGAAUGGAGCUGCUGUGGUGAAAGACUUGAAUCCCAAAGAGGAAAAUGGGAGUCCAAGAAAUAUUUCCUCUUCAAUUAAAGGUGUAAAGGAACACUUCAAUAACGUUACAUGCUUUGGGUCUUUGGCAGCAGUAGAAUCCUAUGGAGUUAGCCUUGGAAAAACAGAUGCUUUCAUAUACAAAUAUAGGAAGAUGCCUGCUGCUGGAAUGCAGUAGAAUUCUGAAAGUGAACAUGGAUCUUAUUUGAAAGUAUAUUGCACUGAAACAACUGAACCAUGUUGGUCCUAAUUUGGGGCCAUAUUGUGCCACUGGUAAGCAAAUUUAUUUGGACAAUUUUACAGCAUUCCUUUUUCCCCUAUCUUCUUUGCUAAAGAAUUCAGUAGUCAGAAGAUGGCGGAGACAGUCCUCCAGCAAUGUUAAGUUGGCCACAAUAAAAUGAGGCCAAAUCCUGAGAUCCUUACUCAAGCAAAGCAUCUGUUUCGGUAAUGAGUAAAAAUGGAGCAAGGGUCUCAUGGUUUGGGCUGCACUCUUCUAGGAGUGAUUUGUAUAGGAUUUAACUUGCUGCCACUGUGGUGGGACUGUUUGGUAAAUUGCUUUCCUAAACAUUUACCUAGUUAGAAUAGGAAACACAUGCACUGUGUCAGAUCUAUUGAUUGUAUAUUGAUUAGUAAUAUAAUUUAGUUUCCCCAAAUAGCACUGAAAUUUGAUAGGUUCUUGUACCAAGAUCAGGCAAAGUAUACUGGGCCGGAUGGACCUUUGAUCUGACCCAGUAUGGCCAUUCUUAUGUUCUUACCUAAAGGCCUUGCUGUUCAGUUGGGAGCCUGAAGAUGCAUGGUUGCAACACUCACACUUAGGAAAUCUCACUGUAUUUAUAAUACUUUUAUUAAUACAGUUAGCAAAGUCACGAACACUCUAAACCCUGUGAGGCAGGUAGAGAGAAUACAGAAUGUGCUGAGCAUCCAGAUACUUUCAUCAUCCCAUGCAAAACAACCUGCAGUGUUAGUUAUCUUCCCCCUCACCAUAACCAUCGGUCAUCAUCUUGGCAUCUCUCAAGGCACACAGGGUGAGAUACAACUUUUAUAAUGUGUUACACUUAUGCCACCAUAUGAAAUGCAAUACUCAAGGUUUCAGGCCCUUUUUGUUGUUUGUAGUUCCUCACCGUAAUGUUGGGAUGCCCUUCUCCAAUAGAUUAUUAAUCCUUUUACCUUGAUUUUAUUAUCAUAUAAUUGAGACAGUUACCAUGGCAUUUUUGUUGUCAGACAGCUUCUGAUGUCCCUAACUUAAAAUAUCUCAAGAUGCUAUGAACUAGUAUCCCAUGGUUACUUGUCAACAGUUCAGUUAUUACAGCAUUUUAUUGUUUAAAAUCAUAUUAUCUAGGGUUACUUUUGGUUAACUACUUAUGCUUAAGCCUUUUUGGACCUUGUGCCUUAAUUUAGCUAAACUAUAUAUUGUCUUACAGGCCUUGUAGGCUCAUUACAUUAUUGCCUUAAUUUAUACCUAAGCCUCAUCUAGUAAAUACCUAUACCUGUAGGCUACAGCACUAAGGGGAAUUAGAAGCCUUUACUGAAGUGUCUCUAAUGAAUUGUUUUUUUUGUAGCAAUUACUUUAAUAAAAAU